AUGGCGCACAUAUUAAAGACACUCAACAGCUGGUUCUGGUGGGAGAAUAUCUGGAUGCCUAUCAAUUGCACAUGGGCACAUUUUGUAGACCGUGAUGGACUUGUCUUUCCAAAACCACAUCAAUUAUAUGCCACAAUACCAUAUGCUUUCGUAUUGCUGAUUAUUCGAUUCUUCAGUGAAAGAUAUGUUGCUAUACCUCUAGCAAAAGCCUUAGGUAUAAAGAAUGUAAGACGUGUGAAGCCACAGCCUAAUCCUGUCUUAGAGAGUUAUUUCCGGGAGUGCUCAAAACAUCCAUCCCAAUCAGAGAUUCAAGGCCUUGCCAAAAAGUGCAACUGUACAGUCCGUUUGGUGGAAAAAUGGUUUAGGAGACGGCGAAACCUUGAGAUCCCAACAGUGCUUCGGAAAUUCCAGGAAGCUUUCUGGCGAUUUUCAUUCUAUCUUAUAUCCUCCAUUGCUGGAUUUAUAUUUCUGUAUGAUAAACCUUGGUUUUACGACAUAUGGCAGACGUGGGUUGGCUAUCCAUUUCAGACUCUGCUGCCAUCCCAGUAUUGGUACUACAUGGCUGAGAUUAGUUUUUACUGGUCUCUCUUAUUUACACUGGGGAUUGACAACAAAAGGAAGGAUUUUCUGGCUCAUGUCGUUCAUCACUUAGCAGCCAUUGGGUUGAUGAGUGGCUCUUGGUGUGGCAAUUAUGUGCGUCUUGGAACACUGGUGAUGUUUGUGCACGAUACUGCAGAUUUCUGGCUUGAGGCAGCCAAAAUGUUUAAUUACGCUCACUGGGAGAAAACAUGCAAUAUACUCUUUAUCAUCUUUUCUAUCGCAUUCUUCAUCACAAGAAUCAUCCUGUUCCCCUUCUGGAUUCUUCGUGCCACGUUGUAUCAACCCACGUACUACUCCACGACUCCUGUCAUAGCAUACUUUUUAUUCAAUGGACAGCUAUUGAUCCUUCAAGGCUUGCAUUUAUAUUGGGGUUACUUAAUUUUCAAGAUUUUGAGAAGGUUCAUUUUCUUAAAGGACUUGAAAGAUGACCGGAGUGACGAAGAGGAGGAAGAUUCUGUUACAGACAACGAAGAGGAGUCCACAAAGAACGGCAACAAGAAUGGCUGUGGGUCAAGCAAACAUCUCCUAAACAGCAAUCACCACUAGCCCCCUCCUGCCUUACCUCCUGCAGUGAUUUCCACUCUGUUUUUAACCUAACCUACAGGAUAGAAUUUAAGUCAAAAAGCUUAUGAGAGACUGUGAUUGAUUUAUUGUUGGCUACUGGACCUGGAAAAAAGCCCAGUUUAGAGGGGAGGGAAAAAUUGCAUAACAUGACAAAAUGUGUUAAUGACCCACUUUCUGAAUCAUUGCUAAGUGUUUGGAAAGGCGUUUGGACGUGCCGACUGUUCCACUCUGGCAGUGCUCACCAAGGUCAAAGCUCAAGAGCGUCAGAUCAUUUAGUGUCCC